UUGCGCGCCGAGCCCCCGCCCCUCGCUUCGGGCUCGCUGAGCGCCCGUGCCGAGCUGGGUGAGGCGGAGCGGGGCACGAACACCUGCGCCCGCCCGGACCCAGCGGCCCGACCGCGGCCAUGAGCCAGACGGAGCUGUCCACCUGCUCGGCCCCGCAGAGCCAGCGCAUCUUCCAAGAGGCGGUGCGCAAGGGCAACACCAAGGAGCUGCAGUCGCUGCUGCAGAACAUGACGAACUGCGAGUUCAACGUGAACUCGUUCGGGCCCGAGGGGCAGACGGCCCUGCACCAGUCCGUCAUCGACGGCAACCUGGAGCUCGUCAAGCUGCUCGUCAAGUUCGGCGCGGACAUCCGCCUGGCCAACCGGGACGGCUGGAGCGCGCUGCACAUCGCCGCCUUCGGGGGCCACCAGGACAUCGUGCUCUACCUGAUCACCAAGGCCAAGUACUCGGCGGGCAGCCGGUGACGCUGCUCCUUGCUCCAGGCCGGGCUGGCGGGGACCGGGGCCGUGGCUGCUCGGGGAGCGGAUAAUGCCCCGGGGCGCACGCACACGGCUCCCCGCCCGGGGCUGCGUCCUGCCCCCUGCCCCACGCUGGGCGCCCUGCGGACUCCAGCCUGGGUCUUCCGCAGGGGCCGCCCUGGGCUGCUCCGGGUGAGGCGGGGGGCAGGACCCGGCCCUCCGGGAGAUGGGGGACCUCUCCGAGGGGCGGGCUGGGCCCUUCCUCACCCCCGGCUGCCUAGCCCGGGACAAAGGUGCCUUCCUAGAUCGGGUCCGCUGGCACGAGCUGCGGGCGGCCCCUCCCAGGUGAGGUUGGCCGGCCGCUCCUCGGUGCGGGGUGCAGUGACUGACCCGCCUGGGGCCCCGGCUGCCAGACACGCCGACUCGGGGCGGGGAAUCAGCCGCAUCGCCGGACCCAGGGGAGGCAGGCGGGGGUUGGGUUGGUUGUUUAUUUUUGUUUAAAUGACAAAGCUGCUUGGACUCCAUGUUUUUUGCAAAGAAAUCUGGGGGCCCACAAAGAUUUUACUGAAAAACCAUUUAACUGCUUUCAAAGGAGUUUUGUCUUUCAAGGGUUUUUUUCCUACUGUAAUUUUUCUCUUUUUUUUUUUUUUUUUUUUUGCCAUCUACCUCGGCUGCGCUCACAGUAUUCACGGUUUCAGUCAGAGAUCUGGUCAGAUGCUUUAAAAUGCACUCACAACCCCCCCCCCAAAACCUCCCCCCCCUAAAUUUGGUGGCUUGUCCGUCCUUGGAAGCUGUCCCCGAUUUUAAGGUAUUCUGGCUCAGAAGUGACGUCAUUUCAGCAUUUUUAACAGAUCAAAAUGUAAUUGUUUAAAACCAAUCGGUCCUUUUUCUUUUUUUUUUUUUCAAUGCGAGUUCUGAACUGUAGCCUGAGCAAAGGUUCUGUCUUUCAUGAGUGGGGUGGGUGCCUAAGCUGACCUAUAUUUCCCUAUAGCAAAGAGUGUAAAAGUGUCUCCUUUGCAGUCUUCUCCCAUUGUUUUUACACAGUAGCUGAUCUUUGAUUCUCGAGGCUCUAUCCUGGAAUAUGACACACUAUUUUCCCCACCUGAUCUCUCUGCUUCUUUUAAAUUUCCUUUUGAGCUAUGAUCCAGCCUAGGCCUCGGCCUGCUAAAAUCACAGGAAAGACUUUUGAUCAUUUUAUAUUUUUCUUUUUAAAGUCUAAUGCUGGUGGGAUUAGGAAAUCGUGCAUUUAAAACAAUAAAAUAAAAGUGAAAUGAAAUAAACGCUAGAGGCAGAGGAAUUGCUUUUGCACAGAAAGAGUGUGAGCGCCCCCUGCAGUCUAGAGGAAAGUUUCAAGAACAAACUCGAAAACUACUGAGAAAUAGUUCGGGAUUAUUAUUUUUUUUUAAUUUUUUUUGUGUGUGUGAAACUUGGCUAACACUUCUCGGUGCACAAUGAUUCCAUCUGACUUUGUAUAAAUGAAAGGGAGGAAGAAGAGGAACCCAUCUUAAACUGCAUUUGGAAGUGACUGCACAUAUAAUUGCAAUGCUGCUUUUUGUUGCCAUGGCACAACAACAUCCAUUUUAAAAAAUGCAGAAAAUUUCAGAAGUCUCCUUUCCACUGUUGGUGUUUAUCCUUCUAUGUUUGUCUGCACUAAAAACCCUUAUCACUGCCAUCUCCUCGCUAUCCUCUCGUAUUCCCCUUAUCCAAACCCUUACAGUUAAAAAAAUAGUUAUCUACUUUUUUUUUGUUGUGUUAUAACUAUUUAUCAUAUAUGUAUAUAUUUGUGGGUGAUGUUUGUGUGCCUGUUUUUGUUUGAAGCUAUCUGUGAGUAUUUCAAAAGUACGGUUUGGAAAAUAUGCAUUUUUUCUAGUCUUAAAACUAAACUUGAGUCUGCCAUGGUUUUUUUUGUUUUGUUUUGUUGUUCAUUGCACUGAAUAUUCUGCUUUGUCUAUGAUGGUUUCACCUGCAGUUUUUUCUCUCUUAAACAAUUUAUAUGAUUAAAAAGCUCCAGAUUAAAAAAAAAAGUCCUUUGAAAGUGUCCAUUGUUAAUGCUGUAAUUUACAAGGAACUUCUUAGUUUGCAAACUUUCUCUGUGAGCAUUGAAGAUGGUGUUAAGCACUUUUGUGGGUGCUUCUCUGUUAUAGGGGGGAACAAUAUCUUUUCUGAUGAGGUUUUAUUAUAGUUACCAGACGGUUGCACAUUUUUUUUAAAUAAAUGGAUUUGCCACAAUAAUGUGUCAUAACAUUUAUGACAUAAUAUUUAAAAAAAUAGUGUAUUUUAAAGCCAAGUUCUAGAUUGGUUUUUUUUUAAAGAAAUCUUGGUUAUAAACCCAAUUCUAAAGGGAGUUCUGUCCAGUGUUGUAAAGACAACAUAAUGUAACCCAUAUUUAUAUUUUUAUAAAAUACCUAUUAAGACUGUGAAUCUCUUGUGGGAAUUGCUAAGUGAGUUUAAGAAAAGUGUUGUUCCUCUUCAGCUUCUUGGAGCUUUAGGCAUGAUUAGAAUUUGAAAAUUGUACAUUGGGGAAGGGGGUUUGCUCUGAAAUUGUGUGUUGAUGUAUUUUUGCAUCACUUU